AUGGGGGGUCUACCUUUCUUCAGGGGCGCAGCAGGAAGGCCCCUCCAGGACCUCCGUGGGCAGGAAGGGACAGUGGGCUUUGUGGCCCGGCUCUGGGCACAGCCUAAGGAGACAAAGGCUCCAAAGUCAGACGACCAGGCGUCGGGAAACGACCCUUCAGUGACAACGCCUGAGGAACAGGAAGUUCCAGGCAGAUACUCUGUGAAGGCCGAACAGAGCCCCGCCGCCAGUGCCAAGGCCCUGCCGCAUCCCGGCAAGGGGACCCAGAGCGACUUGGCACGUGGUCCCCGGCCGGGCCUGGGCGCUGACCUGCGCCAGGAGGUGCCGCUACGGGUGGUGCCCAGAGGGCCACACUCGGGGGUGCCCAGGACCCCGCCAAAGGGGACCCGAGAGAGCCGCGCACCCUCCCGGGGCGCCGCGCUCCAGCGCAGCCUGCAGCCGCCGGGCGGGGUCGCGCAGCCGCCGCCCGCGUCCGGGGCCUCCAGCCUGGCCGCACGGAGCGCAGAGCCGCAGCCCGCCGGCCCCGAAGCCCCCCCGGCCCUGCCUCCGCCCGCCGCCGGCCAGCCCCGGGCCCGGGACGCGGGCGAUGCCCGCACGCAGCCGCGCCCCCUGUUCCAGUGGAGCAAGUGGAAGAAGAGGAUGGGCUCGUCCAUGUCGGCGGCCACGGCGCGGAGGCCGGUGUUUGACGACAAGGAGGACGUGAACUUCGACCACUUCCAGAUCCUGCGGGCCAUCGGCAAGGGCAGCUUCGGCAAGGUGUGCAUUGUGCAGAAGCGGGACACGGAGAAGAUGUACGCCAUGAAGUACAUGAACAAGCAGCAGUGCAUCGAGCGCGACGAGGUCCGCAACGUCUUCCGGGAGCUGGAGAUCCUGCAGGAGGUCGAGCACGUCUUCCUGGUGAACCUCUGGUACUCCUUCCAGGACGAGGAGGACAUGUUCAUGGUGGUGGACCUGCUCCUGGGCGGGGACCUGCGCUACCACCUGCAGCAGAACGUGCAGUUCUCCGAGGACACGGUGCGGCUGUACAUCUGCGAGAUGGCCCUGGCCCUGGACUACUUGCGCAGCCAGCACAUCAUCCACAGUUGGGGCCUCUGGCCCUGUGACGGCCCAGCUGUUCCUUCCUUCCGACGGGAAGCUCCAGAGAUCUUCCACUCUUUCGUCAACGGGGGGUCUGGCUACUCCUUCGAAGUGGACUGGUGGUCCGUGGGGGUGAUGGCCUACGAGCUGCUUCGAGGAUGGAGGCCCUACGACAUCCACUCGGGCAACGCCGCGGAGUCCCUGGUACAGCUCUUCAGCACCGUGAGCGUCCAGUACGCGCCCACCUGGUCCAAGGAGACGGUGGCCCUGCUGCGCAAGCUGCUCACCGUGAACCCCGAGCACCGGCUCUCCUGCCUGCAGGACAUGCAGGCCGUGCCGUCGCUGGCCGCCGUGCUGUGGGGCGACCUGAUGCAGAAGAGGGUGGAGCCCGGCUUUGUGCCCAACAAAGGCCGCCUGCACUGCGACCCCACCUUCGAGCUGGAGGAGAUGAUCCUGGAGUCGAGGCCCCUGCACAAGAAGAAGAAGCGUCUGGCCAAGAACAAGUCCCGGGACAACAGCCGGGACAGCUCCCAGUCCGAGAACGAGUAUCUUCAGGACUGCCUCGACGCCAUCCAGCAAGACUUCGUCAUUUUCAACAGAGAAAAGCUGAAGAGGAGCCAGGACCUCACCAACGAGCCCCUCCCCGGCCCCGAGACCAGGGACGCCGCGUUCCCCGUGGAGGACAGCCAGGCAGAGCGCUCCGCCCUGCCCAUGUGCGGCUCCAUCUGCCCCUCGGCCGGGAGCAGCUAG